CACCUCCCCUGACUCAGUCCACAAAUCUGACCCACCCAUCCCCCCCUUCCUCACACAUCUGUGCCACAUGAGGCCCUGCCGUGUGACUCAGUAGACAAACUUACACCAGUCUGAGUGUGUGUCAGGCUUUCCUCAACAGUGCACCUCACUUUUCCAGCACAAGGGAGACCCAGUGUUAGUCUAUCUCAGUCUAGAAAGACAUCCCCACUAUGGCCAAUUCCCUGAAGUCGAUUUUGCCUCCAACAGUGAGAGUGACAGCAGAGGAGGAUAAAGCUGGGGAGAUGGGAGAGCAGAAAGGAGGUAAAGAGAUGGAUGACACCAUGGAAGAGCCCACAGAGGAGGAGGAUGAAGAGGAGAAGAAGGCACAGUCUGCUGCAGAGGAGGCUGCAGCCAGAGAGAGGGAAGCUCAGAGGCAGUUCAUGGCUAUUGAGGAGAUGGUGCAAACAGAGCAGAACUACCUUAAACAUCUGCAGCUCUGCACAGUCACUGUCCACAACAACCUGCAGAAACUACAGCCUCCUCCACCAAACCUGAACAAUAUGUUCCAGCACAUAGAUGAAGUGACCAAUGUUUCCAGUAGGCUCCUGAGUCUUCUAGAUCAGGCAAAGAUACAGCUUUGCAACCCAAAAUACCUAGAAACUCUCUGUGACUCUUUCCUGAGUCUAUCUCAAGACAUAGAAAUGGCUUAUAAGGAGUACCUGGCCAACUACAACAACAUCACCAUUCUGGAGAAGAGCUACAAACAGAAAGAAACCCUUUGGAUUGAGAUUGUUAAAAUCAUCAAGUCAUCUGCUCCUGAUGUGAAUGCAUCUACUCUGAGUUUCUUCCUGGUGAUGCCGGUUCAGAGAAUCGCCCGUUACCCCCUGAUGCUUCAGACCAUCCAGAAACACACAGACCCACAGCACCCUGCCUACUCCAUACUGGAGCACACCGCACACACUGCAGUCCAGAUCAACUGCAGGAUCAAUGAAUACAAACGCUUCCGUGAAGUCGCUGACAAGUAUAAGAAGAUAGAGAACCUGACCAUCAAGGACAAGAUCAAUCGUCUGAGUGGCCACAGCAUUGCCAAGAAGACAGCUCGGCUAAGCCAGUACAUAAAGCACGAGACAGGAAUGGUACCAAAGCUGAAGGAUGAAGAAUUUGAUGCCCUUGCCGGAUUCUUCUAUGUGCUGGAGAGGGGUGUCUCAGAGCUCCACCGUAACAUGGAGGCUUAUCUCCACCAUUUGCAGAGAUUUCUCAGCUGCAGACCAGAAGAAGCAGAUCUUGAUCUGGAAGGCGAUUUACUGUUCUCUAAAGAAAUCACUGUGGCACUCAGACAGUGGAUAUACCCUGCAUAUGAGACGCGUUUGACAACUUUAGUCUAUAAGCCCUUGAGCUCAUUGCGGGAGCUGAUGGCGGGACCACGAAACCUCAUUUGCAAGCGUCAGGACAAGCUACUUGACUACGAGCUGAUUGAAGAAAAGAGCAACCUGAGCUUUGAGGAGCAAGCCAUAGCCAACACCUACAAGACAAUGAACACACUGCUGUUGACUGAGCUGCCGCAGUUCAAUGGGAAAGCCCUGCAGCUCCUAUGGGCCACACUAGAGGCCUUCAGCUGUCUGCAGAGAGACCUGGCGGCUGAUAUGGAGCAGCUGGUCACUAGCUUUACCCAUCAGCAGCUCCCACACAGUUAUUUGGAGGAUGGUGAGUUUUGGAAGUGGGCGGAGUGUUCAGUUCAGGAGGGUUGGAGGAGGAUGGAGAGUCUGUGUCAGAGUGCUCAAGAUGAGCUCAAUGCUUCCAUUGUGCAGGCACUCAGUCCCAGGUCUGAACGGCGUCUGAAGACUCUGCUUGUCAAGCACAACUCGGACAAGAUCUACCAGCUGGCAGGCCCAGUGGUGGGCACUCGUGACCUGGACCUGACCCUCAACAAGGGCGAGCUGGUAGCUGUUGUCAGUGAGAUGGACACCCGAGGAGACCGUCGCCGCUGGCUGGUGGAUGCGGGAGGACCCAGAGGAUAUGUGCAUGCCUCAAAGCUGACUCGCUACCACCAGGUGACUGUAGACCCGCCUCCAUCUCCUCAUCUGAAUGUCACUCCCACCAGUCCAGGACCCCGAAGACACUCCUACACACCCGGAGCCCAGCCGCUCCUCACCACCAUGACCACGCCCUGUUUUCAGGUUUAUGCGGGCUAUGACUUCACUGCAAGGAGCAGUCAUGAGCUCUCUCUGAGGGCCGGAGAGUCCGUGAAGGUGGUGGAACAUCACGAUAAGCGUGGAAACAAGGAAUGGUGUCUGGUGGAGGCACGUGGCCAGAGAGGCUAUGUCCCCUCAAACUAUCUUACCGUCCUGCCGUCUGUAAUCACAUCACCCACCUUUCCUUAUUGCUAACGAGCAUUACUGUGGAGAUCAAACCUCUGCUGCUGAUAUUUGGUUUGGUAGCCAGCAUCCAAACACACAGACUAUGAGAGGCACUCUCACUGAAGAGCUCUUCAUAAGUUAGGGGGCGGAUGGGUGCUGUUUGAUGCUUCAUUUGACUGGUGUAUGUACUCGAGUGAUGCUUGGGCCCUGCUGUGGAGUGGUCGCCCAUAUACUUGUUCUAUGCUUUGCCGGGGCUGUUACCAGAGAAGAUUAUUUUAUCCAAUGAGGAAAGAGCUGUAGUGGCAGGCAGACAUGCUGUUGUGUGGAAAGCACAUGGACUGUGUUGAUUGGGUAGGCUAUGCAGUUAUCUGUGAUUAAACAACACUCAUUAUUAAACUGCUUGGAUCCGCUCUUCAGAUGUACACUGGAAUUGUGCUUUGGGCUGCCCUGGGACUAGUUGUUUUUUUAAGAUGGUUCAACUUAAUCACUCCGCUACCAUUGAAGGAACUGAUAAUAAUAGUGCUUUACUGCUGAACAUAGAUCAUAGUUUAUAAGUAAAGCCUAGGGCUGGGCGAUACAUCGAAUACCCACGAUGUAAUCGCAAUGAUUUCGCUGACGAUAUAAAAUGCAACAAUAUCGUGAAUAUCGCAAUGAUUUUAAUGAGCCUUUUGUUUGGCCAUUAAGUUUCAUAGAGCGCAUCAUAAUCAAAAUAAUAAAUCAAAAUAACAUCAAAAUGGAGACAUGAUCUUAUGUGAUUGUUUAACUGCCGAAGGCUGCGACUAAAGACAGAUAUUACAUGGUCUGUAUGCCCUUCAGGAUGAACCGGCGACGCGCUGAUCUGUGUGCACGCGCGGGGGCGUAGGCUCGUGUUUUUAGCGCAGUUCACCUGAAGUACUGGUCCUGCACAUUAGCAUCCACACAAUUCCAAACAUUAGUAACCACUAUAAAGUUCUUAUACAAAUCUAUAAACGCGGAAUAGUAAAGAGAGUUUGACAGCAGUUCACAAGAUGCGAAACCCAUAACUGUUAGACAAACAUUGCACUUCCUGUUUCAUAAUAAAACUCCUGGUGAAGGUGAAAUAAACUCGAAUGCAAUUGCAAUGUCAAAAUAAAAACCCCAGUUUAGGGUGAUGUAAAUAGGAUAGAAAUAUAUUAAUUUAUCUUUAAAAAAAUCUUAUCCUGAAAAUAAUAAUAAUUCAGUAUUAUUGUAAAGGGGUUAAUGGAAAGGAGGAGGCGAGAACCGGCUUGAGAAUAUAAAUAAUGUUUUAAUACGAAACUAAAACAAAAAGACAAACACACAAAGGUGUCGGACAGCUGUCCGUAAAUCUCUCUCUCUGUCCCACUGCAGUCGCCAGUUGGCCUUUAUCCCUCUCUGAGGCUUGAUUAGCCUGAUUAGGGGCCGGGUGUGCGGAAUCACGCCCCGCCCUCUGCCCUGCCACAAUUAUAUUAUAAUAAUAAACAUGACUGGUUUCCACAGUAAUAAUUUUGUAUGAUUGCAUAUGCAAGUGAAGUGGUUUUUGCACACCUUGUUCAUUCACAAAGACAUUAUUUAUAGUAAAAAUAUAUGAAGGUAAAUAAGAUUUUUGUUAAGCUUCCAUUUAUGAUUGUUUGUUAAAUAUAAGUUUAAACAUGCAAAUCAAUGAUAAUGAUUACAAUAAAAUGAUUUUACUCUCCCUUGUGUUAAUUUAGUGGAAAAACUGGGAGAAACAUGCCUUCAUCAUUAUUAAAUAGAUUUUUUUUUAAUGCCUUUGAAAUAUAAUUCUAUAUAUAAUGGUUACAAUCUGUGUUUAGAUGAAAUGUUGGUUCUGAUCCUCUGAAAAAUGAACAACUUUCCAAAAACAUAACUAUCUAUGUAGUAGAAUAUUAUAGACCCACUGCCUCCCCAUCGAGGUUGGCUGCCGAGUGUUUACCGGCCAGUCGCUCUACAGGGCCCUCAAGCUCCUUUGAAUAAGGGGACUGCACAACAAGAAAGCCAUCAGGAACAUGAUAAGGCAUCUAGAUGGCUGUGGAUCAAAAGGGGUGAUCCGUGGAUCACACAUGCUUCCUAGUCACAAGUCAGGGACUGAUCACCCCUGGCUGGGUCACCUGGGCAAGGGUGUAUGAUGUUGAAAGACCCAAAACACCCGAUGACUCCAGGUUACAUCACUGAUGAUGUGUCUAGGUCGCACCUGCAAGGUGUAUGUCUAGGUCGCACCUGCAAGUAUGUUAAAUCAGCUGAAGCCAUAUUGCCCAGCCCUAGUCAGGCCUCUUUUGUUUUCGUCUCCGAACCACUUAAAAUGAUUGGCACUUCAAGAAAGGAUCAGCCACUGUAAAUUAUUUUAUUAAUAUUUGAUGGAAACUUUUGAAAUAUUUGUAAUGUCAGUUAUACUGUAUAUAAUAGUGGCUAUAUGCUAAAUGUAUUUGGACACUUAAAGGGAUAAUUUGCACAAAAAUUUAAAUUCUGUCAUUUAAUUAUUCUCAUGUUGCUCCAAAUGCAUAUGACCUAACGGUGCACUCAGUAAUUUAUAUAUAUUGUCUUGAACUUCUACUGACACCUAUGGGUAUGGAUGCAGUUUUCAGUUGCCAAUGCCAUUGAUGUAAUUCAUUAUUUAAAAUCAGCCAUGAGUAAUUUAAUUCAAUAGUUAAAGUGUCCAAUAUUUGGGCGGUUACUGAGAUGAAGUAAUUAGUAUCAAGCUGGUCACGUGAUUCCAACAUGGAAGUCCCCGUAAGAGGACCCUCUACAUGUAGAAUAAAAUAUAUUUUAUAAGGCUACUGAUUCUACUGGGGUAUUUAUCUUAUGUGAGUGUUCAUGAUUGUAUACAUUUAUUUUAAAAUUACAAUGAAUUUAUUUAGGGGGAAAAAAAAUAUUCAGGAAAAACUUACUGAGUGCAACUUUAAGAGAUGUUUGUUCAAUCUCAGUCAUCAUUCACUUUCACUGUAUGGAGAAAAGUUGCAAGGAAAGUGUUCCAUGGAAGAAAAAAAGAACAUUCACUAAUAUGUCAUUUGGACCAGUUGCUUUAAAG